UUAAAAAAAAAAAAAAAAAGAAUAUUCACCAAAAGGGACUUGGUUUUCUAAUUCAACACAGACACACCAUCAAACAAAUGAACCGCGUUAACUCAGUCCAACCCAUAAAACAAAGUCCCUCUAAAGACAUAAUCUCACCAAUGAGAUUACGUUUCGAUGGCAUUUUUUGUCUCCGACUCUGUUUGCCCCUUCUGGGUUUGGUCUCUUCUUGCUCUGUCUUCUCUCUCACUCAACUGUUCCUCACUCCCCACUGUCUCCAUCUCCGAAACCUCAAACCGAACACUCAUAUGUGCUCUCUUUCAUGGUUCUUCUCUUCGUUGUUCGAUCUUCCCACGAGGGUCGAUCGGGUUUCCCAUCAACGAUCACAUCCCGAACCGGACAUUUGCAGGUGUUGUCUCCGGUAAUGGCUUCGUCUGCGCGUUGAUAUCGCCGAUGGGUCUGAAUGCUUCUUCAGUUCUGUGUUGGAGAUUCUCUGCAAACGGUAGACACAUGUCCCGUAAGAGAAUCUAUCAAGGUCCCGAGCUUGAGGAGCUCGAAGCAGGAAAUUCCCGAAUUUGCGGAAUCGAGAGUGUGUCUAGACGCCUCCGUUGCUGGCAACCGGUGUCUCCCUCGCCGGAAACCUACCCGAACUUCUCUUCCGUCGCCAUUGGGGAGAAUUUCCUUUGUGGGUUAUCUCCUUCACCUGGGAAGAUUACCUGCCAUGGACAAGGUAUAGCUAACGCACCGAGCGGAGACAACAAUUACGCAGCGAUCGCAGCUGGGUUCAGACAUGCGUGUGCGAUCACAUUGGACAAUGAUGUCCACUGCUGGGGACAAACCCAAGGUUCGAUACCUCCAGGCGAAAAGUUCACAUCCCUGGCGUUAGGGCACAACCGAAGCUGCGGGCUGAGAUUGUCGAAUGGAACAGUGGUCUGUUGGGGAAGCGACAACUUCAGUUUGCCCAACACGCUGGUGAAAACCCAGUUCAGCUCCAUUGAAGCCAAAGGUAGAAUCUUUUGUGGUGUCACCACAGCAAAUUCCUCGUUGAGUUGCUGGGGAAAUGAGGAUUUCGAAUUGGGUGUUUUCGCUCCGUUCCGAACUGAAUCAGUGCUGAUGGUUCUUCCUGGACCCUGCAGAAGAGAAUGCCCUUAUGGUCCAUUGCAGGGUUCGGAGAGAUUAUGCAGCAAAGGGUUUAAAAUUUGCCAAUUCUACAGAAGAGAUCCCUCGAAUGGACCCAGACCCGUAUCUCCAGAACCAUCCUCAACACGAAACUCAAAGAACAGGGCUUGGGAAGGAAGAGACAUAGGAUUUCUCGUAAUCGGAAUUGUCGGAUCACUUUCUUUGAUCCUCGUUAUCGGUUUCUUCCUUUUCAAACACUGUAAAAACCGGCUCGGAUGCAGAGUCCAUGACUCACGACGCUUGGACGAAACCGGGAUGAGAGAACAGCCCAAGCUCGAGAAGAGGCUGAGCCAAUUGGCGAGCUUGGGUAACACGAACCAGCUCGAGGAGUUCUCGCUCGACGAGCUGGCUCGAGCCACCGACGGCUUCUCCGUCCAGUCCAAGAUCGGGCUCGGCAGCUUUGGCUCCGUCUACCACGCCGUGCUCGCCGACGGUCGCCACGUGGCGAUCAAACGGGCCGAGACUACGAAUCCAUCCUCGUACGGAACGUUGAGACAGAAGCGAGACGACAGGGACAAGGACACGGCCUUCGUCAACGAGUUGGAGUCGCUGUCGCGUCUGACCCACAAGAACCUGGUCCGUCUUCUCGGCUUCUACGAAGACUCGAACGAGCGAGUCCUGGUCUACGAGUACAUGGACAAUACUACCCUCUCCGAUCACCUACACAAUCCUCGAUUUACCCCUCUGACGUGGCAGGCGCGCGUGAAAAUCGCGCUCGACGCAGCGCGUGGGAUCCAGUACCUCCACGAGUUCGCCGAUCCUCCGGUGAUCCACCGCGACAUCAAGCCGUCGAACAUCCUCCUCCACGGCGGAGGCGCGUCGGAGACGGCGAAGGUUUCCGACUUCGGCCUCUCCCAGAUCGGACCCACCGGUGGCGACUCGCACCUGUCCGUACACGCCGCCGGAACCCUAGGCUACAUCGAUCCGGAGUACUACCGGCUCCAGAGGCUGACGGCGAAGAGCGACGUCUACAGCUUCGGCGUCGUGUUGCUCGAGAUCUUGUCGGGACUCAAGGCGAUCCACAAGAACGAAGAAGGAAAUCCGAGGAACGUCGUCGAUUUCGCGGUGCCGUACAUUCUGCAGGACGAGAUCCACCGGAUUCUCGACCGGAGAAUCCCACCGCCAACGCCGUACGAGAUCGAGGCGGUGGCGAGCGUCGGAUACUUGGCGGCGGGGCGGAGGUGGUUAGCGUCUUGGAGAGGGCUAUGGCGGCGGCGCCGGAAAACCUUUUCCGGUCAACGACUCAGUCUUCUGAAUCGUAACCGCGUGAGGAUAAAAUGA